CUCAGAAAAGGGGCGGGGAGAACGGGUGCCGGGAAGGCGAUUCGGGGCGGGGAACGGGGGGCGCGUGCGCACUCCGCAGCUCUUCCUGGCGCUUCCAUCUGGCGUUGUGGUUGAGCUCCGCUUGUCUUCUCUCUUCCCUUCUCUGCGAUCUUACGAGUAGCAGGCAGCGGUCCCCAGUUGGGCCGGUCGGCGAGCUCUUGAGGGUGUGGCAAGGAACGGGCCGCGUACGCUUGGAGGACGCUGUGGAGCGGAAAGGCAGCUCCCGCACCAUGGCUGAAAACCGAGAGCCCCGCGGGGCCGUCGAGGCUGAACUGGACCCGGUGGAGUACACCCUUCGGAAACGCCUUCCCCACCGCCUGCCCCGGAGGCCCAAUGACAUUUACGUCAACAUGAAGACUGACUUUAAGGCCCAGCUGGCCCGCUGCCAGAAGCUGCUGGACGGAGGGGCGCGGGGUCAGAACGCAUGCACUGAGAUCUACAUUCACGGGUUGGGCCUGGCCAUCAACCGUGCCAUCAACAUCGCCCUGCAGCUGCAGGCGGGCAGCUUCGGGUCUUUGCAGGUGGCUGCCAAUACCUCCACUGUGGAGCUUGUGGAUGAGUUGGAACCAGAGACGGAUACACGGGAGCCACUAACCCGAACGCGAAACAACUCCGCCAUCCACAUCCGGGUCUUCAGGGUCACACCCAAGUAAUUGAAAUGAAGCCCCCCCACCAGCACACCCAGCUAGGUCCCAGCGUGGCUGUCUUGACUCUUGUGCUAAGUACUGUCACGGACCUCCUGUGAGAGCCAUGUAAGAAGCCCAUUUCCUCAGCCCGAAGGACAGAAUUGAGGGUGGGAAGGUAAUUUCUCUUACUGGGCCCAAGCAGUGGAUUUUCCGUGUCCUGGACAAUAAAAAGUAUUUAGUUGUGUUAGUGCCCUGCCA